AUGUUCGGAUCGAGCUCGAAAUCGACUGGAAACUUGGGCGGAGCAACAGGAUGCCCGACAUAUGGAUAUCAGAUGGGAGCAGAAACCACGCCCACCACCUACAGUACCCCCUCAUCCCCUCCAUGCUCCCAAUCGGCGCCAGCCAAAUUCGGAGUGACGUCAUCAUCGUCACCUUCAUCACAAAUGAUAUCCUCAUCGCAGUAUUGUGUACAUCUAGCCGACAUUGCCACAAUGUUAUUUUAA